AUGGAGGAUGAGGCAGGUGGUAGUGGCGGGAAGGAGGAGAGAGGUGGAGGUGGGGAGGAGGAUGGAGAGAAAGCGGCGGAAAGUGCUCAAGAGGCAGGGAGUACAGGAAGAGCAGAAGAGGCUGUGAGUGCGGAAAGUGCGCGUGAGGUGGGGUGUGAAAGAGGCGGGGAGUGUGAAAGAGGCGGGGAGUGGGAAAGAGACGAGGAGUGGGCAAGAGAUGAGGAGUGGGCAAGAGACGAGGAGUGGGCAAGAGACGAGGAGCGGGCAAGAGACGAGGAGCGGGCAAGAGACGAGGAGCGGGCAAGAGACGAGGAGCGGGCAAGAGACGAGGAGCGGGAAAGAGACGAGGAGCGGGAAAGAGACGAGGAGCGGGAAAGAGACGAGGAGUGGGAAAGAGACGAGGAGUGCAGGAAGAGCAGAACAGGCGAUGGUUUGGAAAGACGCAGUGAAUGCAGAAGAGGCUAUGAGUGUGCGAAGAGCGGAAGAGGUGGCGGUGAAGAUGAGGAACUGGAGGAUGUGUAUUCGGACCUAUGCGCCACCCUGUCCGAGUCGCUUCUGUCGGGGGCGGAGGUGAUCUCGUCGCGGGUAAGUGGCGCAGCUAUGUCAGCUAUUCCAUGUGGAGGUUAUUGGCCAAAUACAUAG